UGUCUUCAAUGCGUCGGACUUAUCGCAGCCCUACGCCUCUUUUAUCGCCGCGCCGCCUUCCGAUCAAUUCUUCAAGGCCGAGAUGAUCGCAUCCUUCUCCUUCUCCUUCUCCGCCCUCCCUCCCAUCCCCUGCCAUGGAUCCGCCACGCUUUCCUUCAAGCCGACGUCUCUCCGUUUCCUGAUCAAGCGACGGCCGAAAGGUGGCGCCGGGCCUCGGAGGGUCAUUCCCUUUGUCCGCGCUGCCGGUGACGGUGCCAACGGGAUGAAGCAGGACGAUGAAGACAACGUUACCGAAAACGACAGCAAAAACGGAGGAGGAGAUCUGAAGAGGGAACGCCAGCGUACGGGCGCAUUCAACCUUCGCUGGCGAGAUCUCUUGUCGCCGGACCCCGACAACGCGUUGGCCGUUGCCUUGACCGGCCUCCUCACUUGGGCCAGUGUCCAGGUUGUCUUUCAGCUCUUCUUCAUCUCGGUCGCCAUCCUCCUCGCUGCUCUCAAGAAAGAUCAUGCCCAGAGAGAAUCUUACAGGUGCAGGCAAGCAAACAGGGAUGUGUAUGUGAUCCUGCCUUAAAAGGUUCAUCUACAUCUCUCUACCUUGCUUCUCCCCAUUUCUUAUCCCUUGAAUAAUCCAAGCCAGAUAAAGUCCUUACGCCUUCACCUUUAAAAAACUAAUCAAACGAAGCGACCCCAAACCACCGCAAGAAGCAAUAACAAUCAAUUAUUGAUGCCCCAACCUGCACUUUGUUCUAACUCGAAAACCCAUUUCUUUGCUUUUUUUUCUUCUGGAAUAAAAAAAUCUCAAUUGGAGUGGGGCCUAAACUAGCUUUUCUCGCAUGUCUCUGUCUAUUGCCAAGGAUAAGAACCCGCCCCCAAUCAGGCAUGCCAUGACUGUUACUUUCUUCUUCCUUGGAAACAAAUUCUUCUAAUUAUUCUAUGCUAGAUCUUCUUCUUCCAAUUCCACCUUGAAUCUUGCUUGGAGAUGGAGAUGGAGAUGGAGAUGGAGCUGGAGGAGUGGGAGUUCCUGCCGGACGCCGACAGCUUUCUCGAAUUGGGCCAUGAGGCGAAAAGAGAUGUGGUGUUCAAGGAGCUGAUCGUCGACAUGAACUACUUCAUCUGCCCGUCUCUCCCUCUCAUGGACCGCGAGCUGAGCCCUUCGAGCUCCGCCCCACCCGCGGAGGAGGCUCAGAAGAAGGAGCUGGUUGAAGAAUUCAAGGACAUCACCGUGGUGCUGCCGGCGGCGAUCGCCGUCGGCCCCCACCUCCACGACGUGGUGUCGCAAGUCUUCUUCAAGAAGCUCACGGACAACGAAUUCGUCGACAUGAAAGUGGAGUCCCCCCGGGGAGCCACCCUGACUCAUUUGGAGCCGGAAGGCAAGGAGGCGGAGGAGGAGGAGGAGGAGGACGCGGCCAAAGCUGAGGACGACCGUAAAGGCGACGGGUGCGAAUCGAUGAACACAUGGAACCGGAGGUUGGUCGGCGUAGGCACCUUCUGCUCGUUGGGAGCCGCCGCCGCUGCCACCGCCUUCAUGUUUGUGCUAGGGGGACGACACCGGCAGAGCCAGCAGCACAACCACAGGAUCCAAUUCUGCAUCUACUCCGACGACAAGCGGACGAAUUGGACGACGACGAUGAUGCACCGGGCAACGAGGCCGAACCAGGCGCACAUAUCGUUCGGAGGCUACUGCGCCACUGCUUGAUCAACUCUUCCUUUCAAUUAUAAACAUCUAAAUAAAACUGGAAUAUCUAGUUCGCCUGCUCCAAUACUCUGUAAAUUUUACAUAGAUUUAUCUGAACUUCUGGAUUUUGAUUCCGCAAAACAAAACUAGUUCGAGGAAAGAAAUUGUAUUAAUUUGACAGUCGUGGCGUGGCGAUGUGUACUGACGGCGACCUCUACAGGAAGGCCACACAGGCUACGUUGGCCGCUUUCUCA